AUGGCUGAAAAGCAGCGCCGCAGAUUAACAUUAAUACCCACCCUCAAAUCCCUCCGAAACACCUUCAAAAAGCGCAUUUCUCGCAAAUUCGGACGCCUUUCGUCCCUUAUCUCGACCUCGACAAUGCAGAGCACGUCAGCAACAAUGGCAACCGACGAGAACAUCUCCAUCUCUACAUGCAGCUCGAGAUCAAGACGCUCAACCCUGGACUUUUCAUCAACCCAACACCACACUCCUCCAUCCAGCUCAGACGAGAUAUAUCAGAGAGAAGUUAUCAAUGAUGGCAAUUUGGAAUCCCUUCAAUACUGGAAAAUCCUCCGAGUCCGACGCUUUGUUCCCUAUUCCAACCCAGCCGAGUCACUCCCGCGCAGUCAGACAACAGUAGGACUAGACCGUCGUUCCAUGAUUGCUCCCUCGAGAAUUCCUACGCCCACUAAGCCACCAAAGGGCAAUUUGUAUUCGCAUUCAGUUUAUCAGACGGAGGGGAGGAGGAGUGUCAUCUCCCCAGUCAAGACACGAUUCACAAUGGGGCACCAGGAAAGAGCAAACGUAAGACUCAAUGACGAGAUUGAGAUAAGGCUGUCCAUUCCACAAGCGUAUCCAGCUGCUCAGCGGCGGAUUCUCAUGUUCAGAAAGCCAGCGGCGCAGUACAAGGACGAAAGCAACCAGAAGUUUGUGAAGAUGACUCCUACACCAACACUGGCGCAGUUACCUAUGAGGAAAGUGCGAGUCGGACGUACCAGCGAUAGCAGCACGCAGUACCUGCUCCCUCGAUAUUAUCAGAAGCACAACCAAGUCUUUUCCAUUGAGGCCACCACUGAAAUAUCAUCGAUAAACGCAAUGGCCUCGUCUAAACGUGUCAAAAUGACCCAGAAGUUCAAUGAUCAAAAGAAACUGCAUGAAACCCCACGGUCCAAACUGCCUAUCCCCAAACAAAGCUCGAAAGAUAGCCCUAGCACACCAGCAGCUCAGAGACAAACGACACAGGCGGCGCAAACGCAGGCGCAGGUCUAUGAACAGGCCAAAGAAAAUGACGCUCCAGGGACAUAUCUCGCAAACCUGCAACUCCAGCCCGCAAGACACACAGACGCAGACGUCGUUACGCCCAAGGCGACGAGCAACCUACCAUCCAAACUGCCUCUAGCGAGCACCAGCAGCAGUGGUAGACGCAAGACACGAGGAGAGAAAAUGGUAUCAGCACAACUGCAGCCCAUAUGUCCUCAUAACGUUCCUCGCUCUGCCGCAAUUCCAUGCCGUUUCUCAAACCCUGGGAAAUCUAUGCUAAUGGAACCUCCUGAUCCGCGUCCACAGGUCCAAACAGCCAUGCCUAGUCAGUAUUGGCUCGGCCGAUUCAUGUCUCUUACAAACGCUUUCCACUACGAGGAUUCCUUUGGCGAACCGGAUAUUGCAACUGGGUUCGAGAUGCCUUCUAGCUAUUCGCGGCCGUUCCAGGCCUCGGACGACGGCGAUCUGGCGGGAUAUAGGGUGAAGCGGGCCUUUAUGGCGCUGGAGAAUCUGUGUGCGACUGAGGAGGCGAGUGAAAGUUUGCGCGAGUUUCGAGAGGCGUACAUCAGGCGCUUCGGGGAUCGUUGGAUGGCUUGA